UGGAGGAGCGAGGAAUGUGAUACGUCCCGGAUCGGGGGGGAGCCGGAGCGUAUCUGGGAGCGUGCGUGUCCUGGAGCCAGCUCCCCCGAAGCACAUGCCRUUUCUGGCCCUUGAAGGGGUUAAAGGCCUCCUGGAGUCAAAACAAGCAGGUGUCCCACCGUGCCAGAUACGCUGCCUAAACUGCUUCCAGCUUUCUCUCCCCCUUCUGCAAUAAGUCUGUGAUCGGCCACGGGACAGAGGCGCCAGCAGCCUGCCUGUGACAGGCAUCAGGUUAGCUCGCUCCCACUCGGGUGGCGCGCCCAGGAUAGAAAUCCAGGCUCGGGCCCCUGCUGCGGCUCCUCUCCCUGCACACUCAGGAGACAGAGUUUCCUUCCAAAGACCUUUCUUUUAUCUGAAGCCGCACAGCCCAGCAGGCUGCACUUGGUGGAGGCAGCAGCCGCUGCAGCAGCAGCCUCAGCAAGGAGACCUGCGGGGCCGGGAGGGCAGGUGUCUCCAGCCCCGGAGGAGAAGGCCCCGGUGGGCCCCAGCCCCUGGCGUCGCCGCAGGGGAGGUCUCGGCAGCUGCAGUUCGCACCAUGAGGGCCCUGGGGUGUCGCCGGUUCUGGUCCUGCCGGGGUCUGCUGCUGCUGCUGCUGCUGCUCCGGGUGUCCCCGCCAGGCCUGGCACUGCCGCCCAUCCGCUAUUCCCAUGCUGGCAUCUGCCCCAACGACAUGAACCCCAACCUCUGGGUGGAUGCACAGAGCACCUGCAAGCGAGAGUGUGAGACGGACCAGGAAUGUGAGACCUAUGAGAAGUGCUGCCCCAAUGUGUGUGGGACCAAGAGCUGUGUGGCGGCCCGCUACAUGGACGUGAGAGGGAAGAAGGGCCCGGUGGGCAUGCCCAAGGAGGCUACGUGUGACCACUUCAUGUGUCUGCAGCAGGGCUCUGAGUGUGACAUCUGGGAUGGCCAGCCCGUGUGUAAGUGCAAAGAUCGCUGUGAGAAGGAGCCCAGUUUUACCUGUGCCUCUGACGGCCUCACCUAUUACAACCGCUGCUACAUGGACGCCGAGGCCUGCUCCAGGGGCAUCACGCUGGCUGUGGUCACCUGCCGCUAUCACUUCACCUGGCCCAACACCAGUCCCCUGCCUCCCGAGACCACUGUGCACCCCACCACAGCCUCCCCGGAGACCCCUGGGCUGGACAUGGCGGCCCCGGCACUGCUCAACCACCCCGUGCACCAGUCAGUCACCGUGGGUGAGACGGUGAGCUUCCUCUGUGACGUGGUGGGCCGGCCCCGGCCUGAGAUCACCUGGGAGAAGCAGCUGGAGGAUCGGGAGAACGUGGUCAUGCGGCCCAACCAUGUGCGUGGCAAUGUAGUGGUCACCAACAUUGCCCAGCUGGUCAUCUAUAACGCCCAGCCUCAGGAUGCUGGCAUCUACACCUGCACGGCCCGGAAUGCUGCCGGGGUCCUGAGGGCAGACUUCCCGCUGUCCGUGGUCAGGGGGGGUCAGGCUGUGGCCACCUCAGAGAGCAGCCCCAACGGCACAGCCUUCCCAGCGGCCGAGUGCCUGAAGCCCCCGGACAGCGAGGACUGUGGCGAGGAGCAGACCCGCUGGCACUUCGACGCCCAGGCCAACAACUGCCUGACCUUCACCUUUGGCCACUGCCACCGCAACCUCAACCACUUCGAGACCUACGAGGCCUGCAUGGUGGCCUGCAUGAGUGGGCCCCUGGCCGUGUGCAGCCUGCCCGCCCUUCAGGGGCCCUGCAAGGCCUACGCGCCACGCUGGGCCUACAACAGCCAGACCGGCCAGUGCCAGUCCUUCGUCUAUGGCGGCUGUGAGGGCAAUGGGAACAACUUUGAGAGCCGCGAGGCCUGUGAGGAGUCGUGCCCCUUCCCUCGGGGCAACCAGCAGUGUCGAGCCUGCAAGCCACGGCAGAAACUCGUCACCAGCUUCUGUCGGAGUGACUUUGUCAUACUGGGCCGAGUCUCAGAGCUGACUGAGGAGCCUGACUCCGGCCGUGCUCUGGUGACUGUGGACGAGGUUCUAAAGGAUGAGAAGAUGGGCCUCAAGUUCCUGGGCCGGGAGCCACUGGAGGUCACUCUGCUCCACGUGGACUGGGCCUGUCCCUGCCCCAACGUGACAGUGGGCGAGACGCCACUCAUCAUCAUGGGCGAGGUGGAUGGCGGUAUGGCCAUGUUGCGACCCGACAGCUUCGUGGGAGCAUCCAGCAGCCGGCGGGUCAGGAAGCUCCGAGAGGUCAUGCACAAGAAGACCUGUGAUGUCCUCAAGGAGUUCCUGGGCCUGCACUGAAGCCCAUGCACCUCUCCCUGGUCCUCUUCCACCUACCCACCCCGGUGCCCCUCAGUCAUUAAACUGGGCAAGAUCAGAUUCGACAGUCUUGGGCCCGCAGGGAAACGGCUAUCAACAUGUCACAAGAAAGCUACCAGAGGGUCUUAGAUCCGCUUCUAUUCUUUGAGUWCAACAAGAGGGCCGGGCCCCUUUUAGCUGAGGGGAACAAAGGAGAAGUCAAUAGAUACAUGUAUGUUAUUCCUGGUGACCAGGCUGCUCAGGCCUUCUCAGUCACCCUUUGCUGGCCACCUGCCUCCUCUGGCUCUCCCAGAGUUCAAGAGAUGGCUGAUGGUUGAACACACUGGCUCGMAAAGAAGGUGUGUGGUGACAAGAAGGCCCUGCAACCCAGCAGGACACKCUCCCCCACAGCCUCUUAGAUCACUGAGAGCACUUCAUGGUAAGGGUCGUGGCAGUGGGAAGCCAGAGACAUAGUCCAACCCAGCCCUGAAUGGAGGCUGCCGGGACAGGUGCCUUGGGGUGGGGUUAGCCUGUGUCUCGGAGGCCACCAUGGCACCGGCAGAUUACCUAUUUCCUCUCUGGGCUGCCUUGGUCUGUUGAUUUGAUUCUGUUCAGUUCAGCUCAGUGUAUGCUUUCUGAGCACUUCCUGGGUGCCCAGUGCGAGAACCACAGAGAGAUGUCCUUCCCAGCUCAUGAUGCCCCAACACAAAGGCCCCGCAGAAGCCCUCCCGGCUGGCAUGUGCUCCCGUCCGAUGGAUGGUGUGAUUCCACAUACCACUCACUUCCCUGGACAUAAGCAGAUAGAAGCCCCAGGAUCUGCUUUGGUAGCAAGAAAAAUAAAGGAGGAGAAGAGCAGGCUGGGAAGGGGGUAGUGGAAGAAUGAAGGGAGAGGAGGCAGCUUGGAACCAGGAGGAAUGUUGCUCGAUGCUCCCAUCUGGUGGCAGCCUCGAGAGCCUGCAGGGACCCAGAGGGAGGCUGUAAACGGGUCUGGGAGGAAAGGUUUGGGGAUGUGGCAGCUCAUUUGUGCUGUGUGUGUGUGUGUGUGUGUGUGUGUGUGUGUGUGUGCGUGUGUGUGGCAUGUGUGUGUGUGUGUGUUUCCAGCCUCCUGCGUGGGCCCAGCCACCCCACUACUAGAUAGAGGACUUGGGAACCCCACUGUCAGCUCUGCAUCUGCCCCCCCAUCCCCUCUUCAGUCCUUCAUUCUGUCCAUGCUCCUCCAAAGCUAAAGAAGGCCAUUGGGGGGCAUCCUCAUU